AUGGCGGAAUAUGAAACUUGUAUCGUAGGCCUUCAUUUAGCCCUUGACAUGGAUAUGCGAAAUCUUCAUGUAAUUGGUGACUCGGAUUUGUUGAUUCAUCAGAUUCGAGAACAAUGGGCCACCAAAAUUGAGAAGAUCAUACCAUAUGUUGGACUUGUGCAAAGACUAGCAGAUCAAUUUCAAGAAGUCAAGUUCAAACAUAUACCAAGAACCCAGAAUGAGUUUGCUAAUGAUUUGGCGACAAUAGCAUCCAUGGUUCAGCAUCCUGAUAGUAAGUACAUUGAUCCUAUCAGAGUCGAAAUUAGAGGUCAACGAGCUCACUAUGCUUUUGUAGAAGCAGAGAUUGAUGGAAAACCUUGGUACGUCGAUAUUAAAAUGUACUUGGAGAAAGGAGAAUAUCCUGAAGGAAUCACCAUCAAUCAGAAGAAGACUAUUACGAAGUUGGCAAAUGGUUUCUUCCUCAAUAAGAAUGUUUUGUAUAAAAGGACCCUAGAUUUGGGCUUGCUCAGAUAUGUUGACUUUGUCGAAGCCACAAGGUUGAUUGAAGAAGUACAUGUUGGAAUCUGCUAUCCUCACAUGAACGGGUUUGUACUGGCAAAGAAGAUUUUAAGGAUAGGUUAUUACUGGAUGACUAUGGAGAACGAUUGUAGCAAAUUCAUCCAUAAAUGCCAGAAGUGUCAAAUUCAUGGAGACUUGAUAAAAGUCCCUCCAACAAAACUGGAUGUUGUCACAUCACCAUGGCUAUUCACCUCUUGGGGCAUGGAUGUCAUAGGACCGAUUGAACCGGCUGUGUCAAACAAGCACCAUUUUAUUUUGGUCGCCAUAGACUACUUCACCAACCACCUAAUGAAAGAAAUAUAUGCUCAAUUUCGAAUCACUCACCGAAAUUCGACUGUGUACCGGCCACAAAUGAAUGGAGCUAUAGAAGCUGCCAACAAAAACAUCAAGAAGAUCCUUAGAAAGAUGAUUGAUAACAACAAAGACUGGCACAAACAAUUGCCACAUGCAUUACUAGGAUAUCGCAUAACCGCCAGAACUUCAAUGGGAACCACUCCAUAUAUGCCGGUCUAUGGCACUGAGGCAGUGAUACCAGCCGAAGUAGAAAUCCCUUCCCUUCGAAUCAUACAAGAAACAGAAUUGGAUGACGCUGAAUGGAUCUGUAAAAGGCAUGAGCAACUAGCUUUUUUAGAUGAAAAGAGGAUGAUCGCCGUUUGCCAUGGUCUGUUGUACCAACAAAGAAUGGCAUGA